UGAAUAGAUGCAGACAAAUUAACAAUAACAUAAAAUAAUAAAUAUACUACUAAAAAAACAAAAAUGGCCACUAUAGGUUUUUUGGUUGGUUCUUCCGUCACCAUUUAUUAUUUUUCCUCCCAAAUUCCCCUAAAGUCAUCACUGAAAUUUUGAUUCUGAUUCUCCGAUGGGCUCCGACGAUGAAAAUGACAAAAACGGCGACGUUUCAAAGAAACCUAAACUGAAUCCCUCUCCAAUCACGGAGGCCGAAAUUGAAUCAGAAUUCUCACACCACGACCCCAACAUAGCACGCCUCAACAACGGAGCCUUUGGUUGCUGUCCAUCCUCUGUUCUCACAGCUCAGCGUCAAUUUCACCUCAACUUUCUCCGUCAACCCGACCACUUCUACUUCAACCACCUCAAAAACGGAAUCCUCCAUUCCCGAACCAUCAUCAAACAACUAGUCAACGCACAACACGUCGACGAAAUCUCCAUCGUCGAUAACGCCUCCACCGCCACUGCGAUUGUCCUUCAACAAGCCACGUGGGCUUUCCACGAAGGAAAGUUCAACAAAGGAGACUCCGUCGUCAUGCUUCACUACGCUUACGGUUCCGUCAAGAAAGCUAUCGAAGCCUACGUCUCACGCGCCGGUGGAAGAGUCAUCGAAGUUCCUCUCCCCUUCCCCGUCACCUCCGAAGACGAAAUUAUAAGAGAGUUUCGUCACGCGCUGGAAAAAGGAAAGAGCGAAAAUGGCAGUAAUAACAAUAAAGUUAGAUUAGCGGUUAUUGAUCACGUGACUUCCAUGCCGAGCGUGGUGAUUCCGGUGAAAGAGUUAGUUAAGAUUUGUAGAGAGGAAGGGGUUGAUCAGGUUUUCGUGGACGCGGCUCACGCGAUUGGUUGCACCACGCGCGUUGAUAUGCAAGAAAUUGGAGCUGAUUUCUACACGAGUAAUUUGCACAAGUGGUUUUUUUGUCCACCUUCGGUCGCGUUUCUCUACGCGCGUAAAUCGGUUAAUUCAGUUGAUUUGCAUCACCUUGUUGUGUCGCAUGAAUACGGGAAUGGAUUAGCGGUUGAAAGUUCAUGGAUUGGGAAUAGAGAUUAUAGUGCUCAAUUAGUGGUUCCUAAAGUUAUGGAAUUUGUGAAUAGGUUUGAAGGUGGUAUUGAAGGAAUUAAAAAGAGGAAUCAUGAUAGUGUUGUUGAGAUGGGUGAAAUGUUGGUGGAAGCUUGGGGGACACAUCUUGGAACACCUCAUCAUAUGAGUGCAAGUAUGGUUAUGGUUGGUUUGCCUCCUUGUUUGGGGAUUAUGAAUGAUUGUGAUGCUCUUAAUCUUAGGACACAUUUGAGGGACUUUUUUGGGAUUGAAGUUCCUAUGUAUUUUCGAGAGCCAAGAGAUGGGGAAAUUGGGUGUGUAACUGGAUAUGCUCGAAUUUCUCAUCAAGUGUAUAAUAAAAUUGAUGAUUAUUACAAGUUUAGGGAUGCAAUUAAUCAACUUGUGAGUGGUGCCUUCACUUGUGCUCUUCUUUCGACUUCAACUUGAAGAAUGUUUUAGCAAUUAGCAGCAUGUUAUGUGCUCAUAGAUCCUAUGAGAAAAUACAAUAAUUUAAUAAAUAUACUUGACAAAUACUGGGUUUUAAGUUGAAUACAACACUUUGGUGGUUGUCUCACACUUAUGAGGUGCCCAGUGCGUUGAGAUUUUCAUUAUGAAUACUGGGUAUUUUGUUUAUAAAUACUUCAUACCAAUGAUCCUUUACUUUUGACA